UCAAUGGUGCUUUCACUGAGAGUGUCGAACAUAUCAAGCGUGCUCUCAACAAUUUCAAACAAACGGUUUUUUCCAUUGGAAAAAACGAAACACUUUCGUAAAAAAAAGCUCCGGGAGGACAAAGCCUGCAUCUAGAUCCGAACCGAAUUAUUAUCGGGUCCCUGAAGAGAGUUCCCGUCGAUGAAGCCAACAAGGUCUUCAUCUCCGUUGACGCCGGCGAUCCAGGUUGUGGGAGACCUACCUGCUCCGUUCAAUUUCUCAGUGGAUCCGUCGUCCCAGACUCCCGCGGAUCGCAGAUUCGGGCCGGCGCGCAGCUGCCCGGUUCCGAGCCUCUAACGGCAAAACGGGCAGGCCAUUCCCCGACGAAGCCCCUUCGAAUCGACGUCGAUACUGUUCAGACCGGUAGACCACAGCGGAACGCAGGGAUUCAAGCUGCAAAACUAAUUUUGGUCAGGCUAACAUCGAGAAGAAAAGGGGCAGAUCCGAUUUCGAUGGGGGACGAGUCAGUUCGUACAGCCCCGCCAAUCCCCACCCUUCGCCGGACUCCAAUCGGCAACAGAUGCGACACAUCUGUUGGACCAGCCCAAGGUGAGAGGCACUGUCACGCGACUUGAUUGAUGGCCAGAACCGGAGGCGAGCCAUCCCCUGUUGCGGCGACCAAAGCUGGCAAAAAAUCCAGCAGCAACUGUCCACUACUCCACGUCAUAACAGGGAUGGAAAUACUUAUUUCCAGUAUGUAAAGGAGAAAAGGCUGGGCAAGUGGGCUUAUUAUCCACAUGUGGGUCCUGGAAAUCCCAAAAGAUAAGUAUUUUACACAAUUAUCUCAACUACUUCGUAUUUAUUAUUAUUAUUAUUAUUUAUACCAUAUUAUCAAUAUCAUCAUUUGAUAAUAGGGGAAAUUACUUGUAUAACACUAAAACAAUGCCCCUUCCUUUUUAUAGCACUAGUGUUAGGAAGUCAAAUGUUUUAAUGGCGCAGGGGUAUGGAAUAGACUAAAAUGACCUUCCGUUUUUUUGGAAGAUCUAAACAACGGCGCAGCAGUCAUUCGGAUCCCUAAAAUCACGACAUUUCCUUCGAAGGUCUCUUCUUGUAGAAGACGGGAAGAAUUGAGAAACAGAGUCAAAAAAGCAGGAGAGGUUGCGGCGACGAAGACAAUGAGAAGUGAUAGUGAGUCGACGAUUGUGAUGUCGGCGAGGAAGACGGCGAUGACGACUGGAGGCGCUAUUGACGACAACGACGAGAUUGUUGGCGAAGAGGGCAGUGAAAUUACUGUGAAAUGCGUUUCUGGGAAGGAAUACCGAAGGUUGUGCAGAGAAGACAUCUUGGCUUCCAAGACAAAUGUCAAAGCUAAUUGUUAUUGUAAUGUGUUGAGUGGGGUCGAGAAGCUACGGCGAACAUUGUCAGAAUCCGAGUUCCAAGAUUUGGUCAAGACGCCCUUCGGUCAUUUGGUUGAUGUUGGCAAUCUUAAAUGGGUUAAUGGACAGCUCCUAAUACUUUUAGCGUUGAACUACGUUGAACCUAUGGAGCCAGAUAGCGAUGCAAUAUCUUUCCACAUCCGUGAUAGGGUGGUCAGUUUUAAGAAGACUGAUUUUGCUCUAAUUACGGGUUUCAAAUUUGGAUGUCCAACAGAACAAGAAAAGGAAUACACAGGCACUUCAGACAUCAAUAAGAGAUAUUUUGGGGGUAGAAGUGUUGUGACUCGUGAUGAAGUGCGGUUGGUCUUAGAGGGUCUACGGGACAACAAGAGAAAAAGAGAGAUGGAUGGCGUGAAGAUAGGAGUUCUUUACCUUCUGGGCAGCCACAUAGUUGGAAACCAACCCUCCAUGAAAUUGCCACCACUUUAUUUGCAUUUGGUAGAUGACUUGUCCCGUUUGAACGCGUAUCCCUGCAUGGUCCGAAGCGGAUUUUGUGUACAUCCCACUGCACACGGGCUCUGAAUGGGUACUGCUUGUAGUAGACAUACGUGGAAAACUCAUCCGGGUUUACGACACGAAUGUUUACAAAGGGGGUUUCUUGAAGAAAUUGCACCCCUUUUUGCCGUCUUUGCAGGUCUUUCUGCCAGUUUUAAUGGAUAAGCUGGGGGUAUAUAAGGACAUUACGGAUAGCGAAGAAUCUCACGCUGCUUUUCAAGUUGAACCUAUACUGAAUUGUCCGCAGAAAAGGGACGGACCAAGCUCCGGAAUUUUUGUGAUAAAGAUGGCAGAGCUUCUGAUGAUGGGGAGAGAGGUGAUUGAAAUUGAGCCAGGACAAGUAAACACAUUUUGAAAGAAAAUUACUGCGGACCUAUUAAUGUAUGCUACCUGUCAAGGACUCUAAAUGCCGGGCAUAGCAGUGUUAUUUAAGUGAAUGGAUGGUUGCAACCGUCAUGGAGACUUAGAUCUUUUGAUACCCUCUAUAAACAGAAUGUUUUUUUUCUUUUCCAUGUCCAUGUUUUAAAUUUGAAAGACUUGUAGUUUUUUCAGGUCGUAUUGAAAAUGUUAACCCAUUGAGUUUAGGAUAUCGAAUGUUCAUUUUGUUAGUAGAAGCGUGGUUAUUUUAGAAGAAGCAUAGUGAAUAUAAGAAUGAUGGAACAAUUACAAGCUGACUUAUGCUUGCAAGCUGACUUAUACUGGUGCAGUGGAUUGGAAU